UUCUUCACCAUCUUCAAUCGCAUCAAAACAGCCAGAAGCUCCUUUCGAUUCACACUUCCGCCAUGGAUUUCUGGCAGAAGGCUCGGACAUUCGCCGAAGAUGCAGCCAAGAGAUCACAGGAGUUAACCAAGGAGGCUGCGAAACGAUCACAGGAGCUUACCAAAGAAGCCGCGAAGCGAUCGCAGGAGUUCACCAUUGGAUCAUCCAAGCUAUCUGACAUCGUAUUGGAGGCGUCAAAACGUUCCAAGGAGAUCGCUGCUGAGGCGUCGAAGAAGGCUGAUUUGAUUAAGGUUGAAGCGUUGAAACGUGCUGAUCAGAUCAAGUCUCAGAUUCCUUCCACUUCUGCCGCGAUCUCGCAACUUGUUGAUUCUUCGCCGAAGCAGGUUGGGGGCACUUCGCCCGAGGAUCUCGAGAAGUUUGGAAUUACGGAUGAGCUACGAGAAUUUGUGAAGGAGAUCACAUUAAAUACGUUUCGAGAUUUCCCGCUAGAGGAUGACUCAGAAAUGUCUGAUAUUCCUACGAUCUCAAAUGUUCGACAAGAUCUUACAAAGUGGCAAGAAAUACAUGCUAAACUUGUUCUCUCAACUGUAAAGGAAAUCUCAAAGUUGAGGUACGAGUUGUGCCCACGUGUCAUGAGAGAGAGGAAAUUCUGGAGGAUAUACUUUCUCCUUGUAAAUAGUCACGUGACUCCUUAUGAAAAGCGGUACAUGGAAGAGGAAAAUAAAAAAUCUGUUGAAAAGGUGAAAGAUGAUAGUGCAGUGGGGACUACCGCAGCUGAAACUGUUGCUAAAACAGAAGGAAAUGGAGCAAAUCAAAAGCCUAAAAGUGCGGCAGCCUCGAAGUCAUCUGACCAGGACUUGGAUGUCUUUCUCUUGGGAGAUCUUGGUGACAGUGAUGAAGGGCCAGAUGAUGGAAAUGAUGGCUUGGAUGAUGAUGAUUUUGACAAACUAUAAUUUGACGAAUUAAUUUAGGGGAUUGAAUGAAUUAGUGUUGGCAUUUGGAACAAAGGAAUGUGGUGAAUGAAGCCAAAUGACAGAUUGGUGGUGGAACAAGAUUAGUGAUCAAGCAGUUGAAUCAUUCCAGGUAAUUUUGGAGUUCUGUUGAUUGUUUCAUUUGUUUAGGAUAUAUAUAUAUAUAUUUUUCUCAACCUGGUUUUUUUGUAAUUUUCAUAAUCUUCAUUAAAUGUUCAUAUAAUGGAUAUAUGUUUCCUUUGCUUC